CUGAUUUUGUGCUUCACAGAAAUUAAUUCAUAUAGAAUGUACCUUUUUCUCUGGUUUCUGGUGUCUUGUUUCUUUCUGUAACAUUACAUUUGCGAGAGACAUCCAUAUUUUUAUGUAAGGUUGUAGUGGGUUCAUUAUCAUUGCUAUAUAGAAUUCCAUUGUAUGAAUAAAAUACAAUUUAGUCAUUCAUUCUAGUGUUCAUGGACAUUUAAUUAUCAUUUGUUUUUAAACACAAUUCAAAGAGGAUGGGAAGUGACAACAAUGAAAAAAGAAGCAGAGGAAGAAUUGGUGACUUGACUUAGGUAAUAAGUGAGUUAGUGACCAAAUCAGGUUUCCAGUGCCUGUUUCCUGAUUCUUGGGCCAGAGUACAUUCUUACUUUUAUACUAUUGAAGGAACUCUAUCCAGAUUUCUAAUCUGAAAGAAGUGAUACAUAAUUAUCACUAUAAGUGACCUUUUAACUUUGCUCUCCAAAGUCCAAUAUACAGAUAUUGUUGAAUGUUUCUUGAACUGAAAGGGAUCAGGUAAGAGAGAGAGAGAUUCUGGGCUAAUUGGUUUUUGCUUUCUCAGGCACUUGGUUUGGCUCUUGCCUUUUUAGUUUUCCAGACACACACAAAGCCCUUUUGUUUUCUUUCUUUCUUUCUUUCUUUCUUUCUUUCUUUCUUUCUUUCUUUCUUCUUUCUUCUUUCUUUCUUUCAUACCAGCAGCUAUUCAUUUGCCUGUUUCCCAGAGUUAUGUGGGCCAUGAAACCAGGCCAUCUCUUCUGGGCUCUGUUGUUUCUGCAACCUUUGUGGCCCCGACUGACUGAUGGGGCCACUCGAGUCUACUACUUGGGCAUCCUGGAUGUGCAGUGGAACUAUGCUCCCAAGGGAAGGAAUGUCAUCAUGAACCAGCCUCUGGACAAUGAUACAGUAGCUUCCAGCUUCUUAAAAUCUGACAAGAACCGGAUAGGGAGCAGCUACAAGAAGACCAUCUACAAGGAAUACAGAGAUAGCUCUUAUGUGGAUGAAAUAGCCCAGCCUACUUGGCUGGGCUUCUUGGGGCCAGUGUUGCAGGCUGAGGUGGGAGAUGUCAUCCUUAUCCACCUGAAGAAUUUUGCCACUCGUCCUUACACAAUCCACCCCCAUGGUGUUUUCUAUGAGAAGGACUCAGAAGGCUCCCUAUACCCAGAUGGCUCCUCUGGUCAGCUAAAAGCUGAUGACUUUGUUCCCCCGGGAGGCAGCCACAUUUACAACUGGACCAUUCCAGAAGGCCACGCACCCACUGAUGCUGACCCAGCAUGCCUCACCUGGAUCUACCAUUCUCAUGUAGAUGCUCCACGAGACAUUGCUACUGGUCUCAUUGGACCCCUUAUCACUUGUAAAAGAGGAACCCUGGAUGGGCAUUCCCCUCCUCAGCGGAAGGAUGUGGACAGUUAUUUCUUCCUGCUCUUCAGUGUGGUAGAUGAGAACCUUAGCUGGCAUAUUGAUGAGAACAUUGUCACUUACUGCUCAGACCCUGCCUCAGUAGACAAAGAAGAUGAGGCCUUUCAGGAAAGCAAUAGGAUGCAUGCAAUCAAUGGCUUUGUUUUUGGUAACUUACCAGAUCUAAGCAUGUGUGCACAGAAGCGUGUGGCCUGGCACUUGUUUGGCAUGGGCAAUGAAGUAGAUGUCCACACAGCUUUCUUCCAUGGACAAAUACUAACGAUCCGGGGCCACCGCACUGAUGUGGCUCACAUCUUUCCAGCCACCUUUGUGACUGCUGAGAUGGUGCCUCAGGAACCUGGCACCUGGUUGAUUAGCUGUCAAGUGAAUAGUCACUUGCGAGAUGGCAUGCAAGCACUCUACCAGGUCAAGUCUUGCUCCAUGACUCCUCCCAUGAACCAACUCACAGGCAAAGUCCGGCAGUACUUCAUUGAGGCCCAUGAGAUUCUAUGGGACUAUGGCCCGAUGGGGCAUGAUGGGAGUACUGGGAAGAAUUUGAAGGAGCCAGGCAGUGGCUCAGAUAAAUUCUUCCAGAAGAGCUCCAGUCGAAUUGGAGGCACUUACUGGAAAGUCCGAUAUGAAGCCUUCCAAGAUGAGACAUUCCAGGAAAAGGUGCAGAUAGAGGAAAAUACGCAUCUUGGAAUCCUGGGACCAGUGAUCCGGGCUGAGGUGGGUGACACCAUCCAGGUGAUCUUUUACAACCGUGCUUCCCAGCCAUUCAGCAUACAGCCUCAUGGAGUCUUUUAUGAGAAAGAUUACGAAGGAACAGUGUACAAUAAUGGCUCAUCCAACCUUGGCUUGGUGGCCAAGCCCUUUGAGAAAGUAACAUAUCGCUGGACAGUCCCCUCUCACGCUGGCCCUGCUGCUCAGGAUCCUGCCUGUCUCACCUGGAUGUACUUCUCUGCUGCAGAUCCCAUAAGAGAUACGAAUUCUGGUCUGGUGGGGCCCCUAUUGGUGUGCAAGGCUGGUGCCUUGAAUGCAGAUGGUAAACAGAAAGGGGUGGAUAAGGAAUUUUUUCUCCUUUUCACUGUGUUGGAUGAGAACAAGAGCUGGUACAGCAAUGCCAAUCAAGCAACUGCUAUGUUGGAUUCCCGACUGCUCUCAGAGGAUGUCAAAGGCUUCCAAGACUCCAAUCGGAUGCAUGCCAUUAAUGGGUUUCUGUUCUCUAACCUGCCCAGGCUGGACAUGUGCAAGGGUGACACAGUGGCCUGGCACCUGCUUGGCUUGGGCACAGAGACUGAUGUGCAUGGGGUCGUGUUCCAGGGCAACACUGUGCAGCUUCAGGGCAUGAGGAAGAGUGCAGCCAUGCUCUUUCCUCAUACCUUUGUCAUGGCCAUCAUGCAGCCUGAAAACCCUGGGAUAUUUGAGAUUUACUGCCAGGCAGGCAGCCAUAGAGAAUCAGGGAUGAAGGCAAUCUAUAAUGUCUCCCAGUGUCCUGGCCACCAACCUGACUAUCAUCAUCGAUACCAGGCUGCAAGAAUCUACUACAUCAUGGCAGAAGAGGUGGAGUGGGACUAUUGCCCUGACAGGAGCUGGGAACUGGAAUGGCACAACCAGUCUGAGAAGGACAGUUAUGGUCACAUUUUCCUGAGCAACCAGGAUGGACUCCUGGGUUCCAGAUACAAGAAAGCUGUAUUCAGAGAAUACACGGAUGGUACAUUCAAGAUCCCUCGGCCAAGGACUGGACCAGAGGAACACUUGGGAAUAUUAGGUCCACUUCUCAGAGGAGAGGUUGGUGAUAUUCUAACUGUGGUGUUCAAGAAUAAUGCCAGCCGCCCCUACUCUGUGCAUGCUCAUGGAGUGGUAGAAUCUAGCACUGGUUGGCCACUGGCUGCUGAUCCUGGUGAGGUUCUCACUUACCAAUGGAACAUCCCAGAAAGAUCUGGCCCAGGGCCUAAUGAUUCUGCUUGUGUUUCCUGGAUCUAUUAUUCUGCAGUGGAUCCCAUCAAGGACAUGUAUAGUGGUCUUGUUGGACCCUUGACCAUCUGCCGAAAGGGCAUCCUGGAGCCUUAUGGAGGACGGAGUGACAUGGACAGAGAAUUUGCCUUGUUAUUCUUGAUCUUUGAUGAGAACCAGUCUUGGUAUCUAGAGGAAAAUGUAGCAACCCAUGGGGCCCAGGAGCCAGGCCGUGUUAACCUACAGAAUGAGACUUUUUUGGAGAGCAAUAAAAUGCAUGCCAUUAAUGGAAAGCUCUACAGCAACCUCAGGGGUCUUACCAUGUACCAAGGAGAACGAGUGGCAUGGUACAUGCUGGCCAUGGGCCAAGAUAUUGACCUACACACUAUCCACUUCCAUGCAGAGAGCUUCCUAUAUCGGAAUGGAGAGAGCUACCGUGCAGAUGUUGUAGAUCUGUUCCCAGGGACCUUUGAGGUUGUGGAGAUGGUAGCCAGCAACCCUGGGACAUGGCUGAUGCACUGCCACGUUUCUGACCAUGUCCAUGCUGGCAUGGAGACCCUUUUUACUGUCUUGUCCCAAAGAGAACACGUAAGCACUAUCACCACCAUCACCAAAGAGAUUGGAAAAGCAUCAAUCCUCAGAAACAUUGGAGAAGGCAAUGUGAGAGUGCUGGGCAUGUGGAUCCCUGUAAAGAAUAUUGAGAUACUGGCUUCUCUUUUAAUUGCCAUGAGUAUCAUUCUCCUCCUCAUUGCUCUAGCUCUUGGUGGUGUGAUCUGGUACCAGUAUCGACAGAGAAAGCUACGACGCAACAGGAGGUCCAUCCUGGAUGACAGCUUCAAGCUUCUGUCCCUCAAACAGUAGCAGUUGGGUCCUGCAACUGCACAUCUUGAAUGCAGUCCCAGCAGGUCAUGCUCUAGUAACUGACUCCACUGUCAAAGGGACAUGAGUGGUAGAGAGGCAGAGUAGGGAAAUAAACUCAUCUGGGAAUUUCUUCACUUAUUUAUUUACAUAGAAAUUAUGUACCUUCUCUUUUUCUUUAUUUUUUUUCUCCACUUGGGAAGCUGGGGCAAGAAAAUCCCAUAUUAUCUUAUAUCACAAAUUUCAACAGCUGGAUUAUAUCAACCACUGACACUUGGAAGAUCUGGAAAUUACUAAUAACCUAUUCUUCUUACAAAGUAGAUACCUAAGGUAAAAUCAAUUGAUUAGGUUUUUAUUGCUUUUUCAGAACCUAGGUAAGUGAGCUGUGAAGAUAAUCCACAUCUAAACUAAGGGCUAACAACAUGGGCAUGAUGGAGAAUGUGUGGGGUGGGAUUUGAAGAUCCAAAUUUUAUUUUGAUUCUCCUUGGAAAUAAACUAUUUUGGAAAAGAAGUAGAUGGAAUAUUAUUGCUAUGAGCACCUACAACCUCUGGAGCCAGAAGCUCCUCAGGAGGUCAGUCUUCAAAAUUUCUGGCACAGUUUUCCACUCCAUACUGUAGGCAAAAAAUACUGUAUGUUAAAGUACUUGUUAGAACACUAUAAGAGUGAACAUGGUGAUUUUAAUGAUCUCUGUGGCCUCUGGGAAUCUGUGACCAUGAUUGAAACAAAGAACACUCACUGGGAGGGGGUAUAAUAUGGUUCUAGCUAUCCUUUUUGUGGGGCCUAUGUGUUUGUGUUUUGGAAAAAAAAACUAAGUCAGACUGGUGGGUACCAUCUUGUAACACAUAGGUGCCAAAACACUUUUGAAUUCUAAGAAAAUUUUCCAGAGAGAAACAGAAGUCUGAGACAAACCUUAAACCUAUCCACUGGGCAAGGUGAGAUGGGCACAAUCUUGUGGACUCUUUGGCAAUUGGGCGUAUGAGAGGUCUACUUGCAAUUUUUGGAGUUUUUUUUUUUUAAAUAGGACAGACUCCUUUCUGGUAUCUUAAAGCAAUAUUCCUUUGUUGCCUGUAAGUUCAAGCCUCUCUGAAAACUUGGUGGGAGACCACAGAUGAACAAGACGUAGAGUAAGGAUGAGAUAGGAUGAUCCACCCUCGCUAUAUAUCCAUAAUACCAUUUCACAUGGGAAAUGAAGAAAACAUUAGAAGCAGAAUUAAGAUAAUAACUGAAAUAUGUACUGUUUUACACUUCACAAAACAUCUAAUACCUGAUUGCAUUUAACUCGCCUUAGCCUUAUCAGAGUGAUACUUUGUUUUAUAUUUGAGUAAACAAAUGAUCAGAGUAAUUUUAUCCACGGGCAUUCAACUAGAAGUUGAGCAAAGAUUCAUGUCAAUCUAUUUGACUCCAAAUACUUGUUUUAUCCUGGUGUAUCAUAGAAACUUCCACCAAUCUCCAUCCUUUGUAUCCAUAUUAACUGCAAUUUUCUCAUCUUCCCAGCCAAUCUCUCUGCCUAAUUAGGUAUCCUAUACAGAUCAAAUGUAGAAACCCACAGGGCUAGUAUUCAGUUGCCAUAUAAUGUUGAAGGUUGGAAGAGAAAACAUGGUCCUGAGCCUAUUAUUCAUCUUGCUUUACUGUGGUCAGUGGCUUUCUGGUGAGCUUUACUGGAAAUCUCAGAAACAUAACAGGGGAAGGAGAUGAUGGAAGGUUUAAAUUGCUAGUUAUAAAAUAAAAUGGUGGGGUAUUUAAGCCAUUGCAAAAUCAAUGCACUUAAAAGCAAACAAUUUUGGUCUAUGGUAAAUGUGGAAGUUAUUGAAAACCCAGUGUGCACUGAGGACUCGAGUCAAUUAAUAGCUAUGAUUUGCACACAACUGGGAUGUUACCUUGGUCAUGGUCAUGAAUCAGAGACAAAGAAAAGUAGGUUGA